AUGCCCCGUGCCGCCCUAAUGAAGGAAGCGUUUGAGCUUCUUCAAAAGGAUGGGAAGAUACCGAAGGCCUCGGUUCCAACGGCCCUCCGCGCGGCAGGUUUAAAUCCAAGCGAAGAGAGGAUAAAGGAAAUUAUGGCCACUACAACCGACCUUGAUAUGACUGGAUAUGAAGCACUUGUUGCGAAGCAUGACGACAAGACAGAUACUCCAGAUGCAGUUAAGGAGGCAUUUCGUGUCUUUGACAAGGAUCUUGAUGGAACGGUUUCGGUCGCGGAGUUUCGUCAUAUUAUGACGACAAUGGGAGAAAAAUAUACCGAAGAGGAGUUUCGUGACCUGAUUCAAGGUUUUGAUGACAAUGGUGUUAUUCACUACGAGAAGUUUGUGUCAAAGAUGCUGGCUCCUUUUACAGAUCACGGGAAUCCAGAAGAUAUGGUUUAG